AUGGUGGCCUUGUUUGUGUAUCAUGCUUGUAGCUACAUCUGUAAGGCCAUUAUAAAGGUUACAUCACUUGAAACACAAGAAGUCCUGAGGCUCAAGAUCAAGCAGUCCUUGAAUGGCACUUACGAAGAGGGACUAUUAUCUUUGUAUGUGAAACCUGAAGAUGUGGCUGUCACGCCAAUAGCCCUCAUGGAUUGUCCAGAAAGCUUUUCCCACACAACCUACAAGGGGAAUUACUCCUGGCCACUAACAAAGCCAGCGGCCAAAGCGAAGGUGAGCUGCAGGAAAAACCCUCUGCAGUCUGCUGAGAGGAGCUGUGGAAUUAAUAUUGACCUUGAGCAAGCUUUUUGGAGGAAACCAGAUUUGACUGAAUGUAGAUUACUGGAAGAACUCCCAAAUAAUAUCUUAGACCUCCACAAUAUCAUGAUAACAGAAGAGAACGCACAGGAUGUUGCAGAGCAGAUUCUGUACCUCUUGCCAAAUGCAACCCUGCAAAUGGAAGAACUAGAAAUCAUCACAAGUAAAGUUUCUGAGAUUGUAAGGCUGGCAGAUGUGAGCAUGGCACUCGCAGAGUCCGUAUUGUCUAUACUAAACUAUAUUUUGCUGCAAGAAAUAGAAGAUGAGAACAUGAGAAAAGUGACCAAUAGUAUCCUGAAGACAACUGAGGAGAUGGGCUAUAAGGUGACUUACAUGGAAAGAAAUACAUCGGUCAUAACCACUUCCAUGGCUCUGCUGGUGAUGCGUCCAGACCCCAGCACAUUUGGAGGACUGGCCUUUGGUGUUACCUCCUACAACAGAGGCCUGGAUCUCAAGAUCAACAUUCAGGAAAACCCUUUUAAAGAGGCCUUGGCCUCGGUGUUUUUGCCAGAGUCACUGAAGAAAUUCCUCGGGAUCAAGCACUCUGACCCAGAGAAGCAUUCCAAGAUCCAGUUUAACUUCUUUGGCACUACUUCACUCUUUGUGGAUGACAGCUUAACAAAGGAGAGGUUGAAUACUUAUGUUGUGAGUGCCAGCAUUGAAAAUGCAUCAGUUCAGACCCUUAAGGAGCCUGUGACUAUUACUCUUCAGCACAUAGACCCUAAUACGGGGAAUGCAGCGGUGCACUGUGUCUUUUGGGACUUCCAGAAGAACAAUGGACUGGGUGGUUGGAAUACGUCAGGGUGUGAAAUGGAUUCUACAGAUAGGAAUUAUACAAUCUGUUUUUGUAACCAUCUUACCCAUUUUGGAGUCUUACUGGACUUGGCCCGGGCAGAGAUAGAUACCACACAAGACCGAAUAUUAACUCUGAUAAGCUAUGUAGGAUGUGGUGCUUCUUCCCUGUUUCUGUGUAUAACACUGGUGACAUAUCUAGUCCUUAAAAAGCUGCGGAGAGACAACCCUGCAAAACUCCUUCUCAACCUUUGUGCUGCACUGCUGAUGCUGAACAUGGUCUUCCUCACCAAUUCCUGGCUGGCCUCUUUCAACCAACCAGCUCUCUGUAUCACCGUGGCCGUGCUCCUUCACUAUUUCCUCCUUGCAGCUUUCACGUGGAUGUGUCUGGAGUCUGUUCAGUUUUACUUGGCUCUUGUCAAAGUUUUCAAUGUCUACGUCCCAAAGUACAUCCUAAAAUGCUCUAUUGCUGGCUGGGGAAUACCAGCUCUCAUCACUUCUACUGUGCUCAUUAUAAAUAAAGACUUCUAUGGCGACAGAUCACUCUCAGAGAGCAAUCCAUUCAGCAAUUUUUGCUGGAUUCAGGAGAACACAGUGUUUUACAUCUCCGUUGUGGCCUACAUCGUCUUAAUAUUUUUGAUCAACACAGCCAUGUUCAUCACUGUUCUCCUUCAAAUCCACUCCAUGAAAUCAAGGACAUACAAGAGAUCCAGGUUCUGGAAACAAAGUUUUCUCCAAGACCUCAAAAGUGCUUUCAGCUUGAUGUUCCUUUUGGGCUUAGCUUGGGGCUUUGCCUUUUUUGCCUGGGGAGCAGUGAGGAUAUUGUUCUUUUAUCUCUUCAGCAUCUUUAACACCUUGCAAGGGUUCUUUAUCUUUGUGUUUCACUGCUUAAUGAAGGAAGAAGUAGUGAAGCAGUGCCGAGUACACUUCUGCUGGGGGAGAGGUCGGCAGAGUAACUACUCUGACUGGAAUGGGUCAGGUGCAGCUGCUGGAUCUACACCAAGGUGUUUAAACCCCAACUCACCAUCCCAGGCUAUGUGGAAUCUAAAUUCUAAUGGAACAAGUUCCAUGUUCAAUGGUUCAGAUUUCCUUCCCAGGACUUCUUCAGAUAGACAUUUUAGGAUGGCUGAAGUUCAUUCCAACCCCAGUGCUUUGCUCCCAGAAGAUGCUGAAACCAAAUAUCCUUGCUCGCAAAGAAUAUUCCCCAUGGAUCCAGGGCGGCACUAUCCACCGAAAGCAACAUUUCUUCAUUGAUACUGAAUUUGGUUUCUUUUGAUGCUCUAAGGAUGGUUCUUUUUUUGUGGCAUGUAGAAAUAAACAUUGGUCUAAAG